AUGUUCGCCACCACUGCUCUCACCACGGCAGCGCCGCCACGGCAUCGCCACCACCGCUGCCCCACCCACGGCGACACCGCCACCUCUGCCCCACCACGGCAGCACACCACCACUGCACGCCACAUUUUCUGCAACGCCAUCGCCACUGCAGCCGCCCCACCACAGCGUUGUGACCACCACCAGCCGUGUCCCACGGGUAUCGUCACUACCGCCGCCGUCAUUGUCACCACCGCCGCACCGCCGGCCCAGCCACCUCCACCGCAUGGUCCCACCUCCACCAGCCCCCACCACGUUCUGCCUGUGACCCACCACGACUUCACGCCACCGCGCCGCCGCAAUGCGCCUGCCUGCCCCUGCAGCCUACCACCACUCUUUCCACGGCUCUGCUGCUCCAUCGUCACUGCAACCGCCCCGCCACAGUUGCUGUUGACCACCACCAUAGCCAUGGGAACGGCCAUUGCCUUUCACCAUCGCCAUGCUGUUCCCACCACCAUCACGCCUCCGCAACCGCCUCCUGGCUGUUCACCACACUCUGCCGCUGACCCACCACACCAGCUUCCGCACCUCGCGCCGCCGUGGAUGUGCCACCACAGCAGCACCGCCUGCUGCAGCCGCCCACCGCGUGCGUUCUGUCGACCACGGUGGUGA